UUUGGUUCUUUCCAGCGCUACCUCCUGGAUUUGGUGUUGCCGCUCUACGAGUCUGUUGGGUUCGACAACAAAAAGGACUCUUUCUUGGAGCACAGAAGAGUAACGUGGGCUUGUAAACUGGACCACAAGGACUGUCUCGACAAGGUGCUCACUCUCUAUAGGCACUGGAUGUCUCAUCCGGACAAUACGAGUAUCAUUUCGCCAAACCUCAAAGCAACGGUGUGCUGUCACGCCAUCGCCGAAGGCGGAGAGGCCGAGUGGGACUUCGCUUGGGACCAGUACAUUACCACCAGCGUCGCUACCGAGAAAAAGCUUCUUCUCCACUCUAUGUCCUGCACAAAACAGGCUUGGAUCCUAUCUAGAUACCUCGAGAUGGCCAUGAACUCGGGUAAUGGCAUAAGACUUCAAGAUGCUAUAUUUGUGUCAAGAACCAUGAGUAACAAUGAUGUGGGACGCUCCUUGAUAUGGGACUACCUCACACUUCAUUGGAACAAUAUCUAUACAUUGUAA